UAUUUCUAUUUCUUGAACUGUUCAUAAUUCAACUACCUAUCACGCUGUCAGAUACCAUUUCACUGUUAUACAGUUGGUGUUAAUUAUUGAAGAUAUUCUUAGAUGAAAUAUAAAACAUCUUUGUCAACCGAUCGCAGGUAAUGCGUAGUAAACAAACGUGGAAACGUUUACCGCGUGUGCCUCAAGAAAUGCAGGUCGUCAAAUCUUAAGAUAAUAAUUAUUAAAAUAAUUUUAUAUUUAAGAGAAAAAUGCCGGUCGACAGUCGACGAAAUCAGGGUCCUGAUUCUUCGGUACCAUUUAUGUUAUACUCCACCCGUGAAAAGAAGGAUUAUAAAACAGUGAAGAGUGAAGUUUUUAAAAAGGGAUUGAGAAAAGAUGGGAGAAAAUGGGAUCAACAUCGUAAAGUUUAUUUGAAAACUUCGGUCGUAACUCAAGCAAAAGGGUCAGCUUUUAUUGAGCAAAACAAUACCAAAGUUAUAUGUUCUGUUUUUGACCCCCGAGAAAUACCACGUAAAUCAGAUUAUAGUGUGAAUGGUGAACUGUACUGCGAGUUCAAAUAUGCACCAUUUUCGUGUCUUACUCGGAGAGGCCAUCAGCAAGAUGCUGAAGAAAAGGAGUUCAGUUUGAUUCUUCGACGUGCACUUGAACCAGCUGUGUGUCGGCAUGAAUUUCCAAAUUUUCAAGUUGACAUUUAUGCAUUAGUUUUGCAAGAUGAUGGUUCUGCUUUAUCAGCAGCAAUAACGUGUGCUAGUCUUGCAUUGGCUGAUGCUAGUGUACCAAUGUAUGACCUUGUUGCUUCUGUAACUUUGGGAGUACAUGACGAUUUGAAAUUUUUAGAUCCUACAGCAGAAGAAACUAUACUGUGCAACACUUCUCCUAGAACUUUACAAAAUCAUGGCACUAUAGUGUUUUCUUAUUCAGCUUCUCAACAACAAAUUUCAGAAUAUGCCCAAACAGGUGCAAUGAAUUUGGAUUGUAUUACUAGUGCAAUAGAUAUAUUAACUAGAGCAUGUGAUGACAUUUAUCCUCUGUCACAACAAUGUUUGGUAAAAAGUGUUGCAAAAUCAGUGAAAAGGAAGAAGAAGAGGGAAGAGAAACUAAAUAGGGAAAGAGCUAUUUUGGCUGAUGAAAAUGAACCUCCCAUUAAUGAGUGAAGAAUUGAAGUUCUGUUAAAAGGAUGUAUAUUUACUGUCUACUUGAAUUUUGUUUUUUGUGCUUAAAAUGCCUUAACAUUCCGGAUGAUUACAUGUGCAAAUGUUUUACAUUUUCUAUUUUAAUUGUGUGGUUGACUACUUUUCAUUUAAAAACAAACAUUUUUAUGGGUCUGAUUGUAGAUGUUCAUUUAAUCAUGAAUUUGAUGUAUGUAAACAUUUAUCACAUACUGACUUUAUUAGAAGGAUGAGCAAGUAAAGUUUUGGUUUCUAACAGAAUUUUUAUCUCUUUUCCAAUUCAGUUCCUAAAUACCUUAGUAAUUGUUUUAAAUAAUAAAAUAUAGAAACAACAUCUUGAAAAUUGAAGUUUCAUGGAGAAAAUUCUAUUUUCUGAAUUUGUUUUACAUAUAUUUUCUAAAUUUGUUUUACAUAUAAAUGGGUUUCACAAAAUACUUGUUUUUAGCAACCGUUUAUUAUAAAUCAUUGCUUUUUCGGAAUGGUUUGAAUUGUUUGCAUGAUGAUUAGGACAAAAUACAGUGCUCCAUUUAAACUUUUAAUUGCAGAAUAAGUUAUUCAUGCCUGAAUGCUCUUUGAUUCCUGAGUGUAAGUACUGGCAAUAGGUUCAGUACAGAAUAAUUUUUUUAGAGAAAAAAUAGGUAAAUUGUUAAAAAGAGACUAUUGGACUAUUCAUUGAAUUGUUUAAAAUGUUAAAUGCAAUUCAUAUUUUGAAGGCAAAGAUUUUUUUUCCCCCUUGAUAUGUGGAAAAUAUUCUACAAAUAUAUAAUACACGUUUGGAUUUUUGAUGUUUAACUCGCUUUUUAUUUUCUACUCGAGAUAACAGAAAAUCGGUUGAUGUUUUGAAGACGUACUAUCUGACGUUUUCCCCCAUAAUUUAGUAUUGGGG